AUGGAAGAUUUUAUCAUCUCACCUUCAUCAUCUUCUUCUAUGAUACAAAACUCUUUACCACAAACAUCUUCCCUUCAACAAAAGCUUCAACUUUUGCUCCAAUCUCAAUCCGACAAUUGGGUCUAUGCCAUUUUGUGGCAAACAACAAACGAUGAAAAAGGUAACCCUUUCUUAUCUUGGGGUGAAGGCCAUUUCCAAGGAACCAAAGAAACAACAACUUCAAACAAACCAUACGACACAGACACAAAUACAGACAAGAACACGUCUACAAACGGCGAUGCGGAAUGGUUCUACGUCAUGUCGUUGACUCGAAGAUUUUCCGUCGGUAAUUCUUCUUCCAUUUCUUUACCUGGUAAAGCUUUUGCCUUAGAUUCUGUUCUUUGGUUGAAUAGCAAACAAGAGCUUCAAUUUUAUAACUGUGAGAGAUCCAAUGAAGCACACCUGCACGGAAUCGAAACCUUAAUUUGUAUUCCAACAACUAACGGCGUUGUCGAAAUGGGUUCGUACGAAAACAUCCUACAAAACUGGAACCUCGUAAACCAAGCUAAAUCCAUAUUCCAAACAUCCUCGUCAGAAUCAAACUCAAUCUCAAAACCAGAUCUUCUUCCCACUAACCCACUUGACAAAAUCCAAACCUUCGACCAAAACAUCUCAUUCUCCGACAUCGGUUUCAUCUCCGGCACCGGCGAAGAAACCCAAGAGACACAAAAAACAGUGAACAAAAAACCACAAAAAAAACACAACAUUGUUUCAUCAUGUCACAUAGAUUCUGAACAUUCUGAUUCAGAAUAUUGUCCAGAAUUAGCAACACCACCAACAAUAACACCGAAGAAGAGAGGAAGAAAACCAUUAACCGGAAUACCAACUCCGAUAAACCAUGUAGAAGCCGAGAGACAAAGGAGAGAGAAACUAAACCAUAGAUUCUACGCAUUAAGAGCUGUGGUUCCAAACGUUUCAAAGAUGGAUAAAGCUUCACUGUUAUCAGACGCAGUAGAUUACAUCAACGAGUUAAAAGCAAAAGUCGAAGAAUUCGAAUCCGAAAAUCAAAAGGAACCAAAGAAACCGAAGACGGAAGCAAUUGAAAGUACAGUAACAGCAACUUCAACUGUGGUGGACCAAAAAAGAACUUGUGUUAUUGGUUUGGAGAUUGAAGUGAAGAUUAUAGGCAGUGAUGCUAUGGUGAGAGUUCAAUCUGAGAAUGUUAAUCACCCUGGAGCAAGAUUAAUGAGUGUGUUUAAGGAUUUGGAGUUUCAGGUUCAUCAUGCGACUAUAUCAUGUUUCAAUGAAAUUAUGGUUCAGGAUGUUGUGGUUGUUCAAGUUCCCGAUGAGAUGAGGAAUGAAGAGAGUCUUAGAUCUGCAAUUAGAAUGAGAUUGGAACAUGAAUGA